GAGCUUCCAAAAAGGAAAGGACACAACUGUAAUUUGUUUAGUUUCUGCUCCUUUACGAACAUCAUUCUCAACAUCCACAUCCACAAUUUGGAGCAAUUAAUAACAAUUUUGCCUGCAACCCCCUCCAAAUUCCUAAUCUUUUUUCUUUCUUCUCCUCUGAUUAGGAAUUUGGAGGCGUGAUCAUAUAAAAUCAAACAAUCAAUAUCUAAUAUUUUGCUUUAUUUUCCCAUUAAUUUUUGUUAGAACCUUUUGGGGGGGUGUUGAGAGAAAUUGAAGGUGAAAUAAUGGAGGACGACAAAGUGGCAAUUGAACAACUCCCCUAUGAUCAACCUGACAAUUCUAAAGCUAUCAUCAUUGUCGAGAAGGUCACACCAAACGCCUCGCCAAAGAGGGGGUCAACCAACAGAGAUACUGCUCUUGCUCAGGUCCAUAAUGAUAAGAAAAACUCUUUAAUCAAGGCAUGGGAAGAGAGUGAGAAGUCCAAAGCUGAACAUAAGGCUCAGAAAAAAAUGGCAUCUAUCAGCUCAUGGGAGAAUUCGAAACAGGCGUCUAUAGAGGCUGAGAUGAAGAAGAUGGAGGAAGCUCUAGAAAAGAAAAAGGCUCAGUAUGCAGAAAAGAUAAAGAACAAAGUCGCGAUAAUUCACAAAGCAGCAGAAGAGAGAAGGGCCCUGGUCGAGGCUAAGCGCGGCCAACAGCUACUCAAGGUGGAGGAAGAGGCUGCGAGAUAUCGAGCGACUGGGGACCUGCCGAAGAAGGGAACUGGUUGGUUCCAGAUCUAAUGCUAUUAAUUAAUACUACUGCGGGGAUGAAUUGUGAUUAAAAUUUGCGGUUUGUUUAUGCGUCGCAAUGUUUUUUUUUUUUUUUU